CAAUCACCUCGGCCCACAUCCACUAAUUAUUUUACUCUCUUCACCACCCUGCCCUUGUAGUUAUCAGAGUUCGCUAUAUAUGCACACACAUGAAAAUAAUCCUCCUAUUCCUAAAGUGAAAGUUAAAGAGGACCAAUGAACACUAGUUCCGUAGCUUGCAGCCAGUCAUGGAGCAUCAGCGAGGAGUCUCUAAGAAGAUACGUGCACUUUGCAAGUGAGAGCUGUGUGCAGGAGUUGUUAAUGUCGGCUUCCAAUGAUUGUGGGGAUGGAUGGAAGAUCCUCCUCACCCUUGACAAUGGAGUAGAGAUAUCCAAACGCAGGUCUGGCUCUCUUCACAUUUUCCGUAGUCGCUGCCUGCUCAGAUCUGUCUCACCCCAGCAAUUCAUCACCGUUGCCAAUGCUAUAGAUUCUGCCAAGCAAUGGGACCCUGACCUGGUAGAAGCCAGAUAUAUAAAAGACGUUGAAGAUAACUUGAGCAUUAUUCGUCUCAAGUUUGGAGAAAACUCCAAGGCUUUGUUCAGAAAAAGAGAAUUCAUAGUUUACGAGCGACGUGAAAGCAUGGAGGAUGGCACUGUGGUUGUAGCAGUGGCGUCACUGCCAAAGGAAAUAGCAGCUGGAUUGCUUCCAAAGCCAAAUAAUGCAAUUAGAGGGUUAUUGGUGCAGUCAGGGUGGGUUGUGGAGAAGCUUGAUGAUUUAAACUCCUGUCUUGUUACUUACGUCCUUCAGUUAGAUCCUGCAGGAUGGCUCCCCAAGUGUUUUGUGAAUCGACUCAAUACCAAGUUAGUUAUGAUCAUUGAAAAUCUUAGGAAACUGGUUCAAACUACCCCACCAUGAGUGAGUGAGUCAAUUUUUUCUUUCUUUAUUUAUAAAUACAUCCCUCCAGAGCGAAACUAAAUUCUUUUACCAUCAAUGGACAAAAUUCAAUUCCCUUCUCCAUCCACCAUUCAAGUUUGAAAGAUCUCUGGUCCUUGUACUUUCUUGAUUUCUUUAAUCUCUUUCCAAAUGUCAAUUCUUUGCUGCCACGUCGAUUCUAUGUUAUACCGGAUGUAUUUUAAGUGAAAUAAAAUAAAACAUUAAACCUUUGAUUUUCAAUUUUCUAAAACUAAAUUUACUGUUUUGGCUGAAAAUAUUAAAGAUUUUCAAAUUUUGUAAGCAAUCUUAAAACAAGAUUUCAGUAGUCCUAAUUCCCUAUUCAUAUCCUACGCCUUUUUUUUUUAUUUUACAAUUUCUCGUAAUGUUGCUUUAUUUCGUAUAUAUUGUCUCACUACAAAAUGAAAAAGAAAAAAACUAAACUUCAAAAUAUCAUUUUUCUUAAUUCUAAUAUUUUUAUAUUUUACAUGAGUAAAAAUAAAUUAUAUAUUGUGGAGUGUGCCUCGCAUUUUGGUCGAAUAGACGGUGACGUCGUGAUGAGGGAGAGUUGAUGUCACGUCGACACGAUGCAUGGCAUCCCGACGAGCCAAACAUGACACCAAGACGUGGCGAUGUGUUCCCUACUCAACCGGAUUUCUUCUCCUAGUUAAACUCCAUAUUUUUCCAAUCUAACUCUGAUUAUUCUAGGGGUGUUUUAGUCAUAUUUUCAUACGAAUUUCAACCUAUAAAUAGGCCCUUUAGCAACCCUAGAUAGUUUAGAAUAACAACAAAAUUAAGAGAGAGUUUGUGGAAAUUUCGGGAAAUCUUUGUAUUUCGGGCUCAAGAUUUAUUUAUUUCUCCAUCUUGUACUCCAUUUUCAGUUUUUGUCGAUUUUAGUAAAGUUUUCUUUGUCUGUGAUUUUUUUAUACUCUUCGAAGAGGUUUUUUCACGUAAAUAUUUGUAUCCAUUUUUUUGAUUUUUCUAAGCUUACAACGGUAAGAAUAGGCAUAUUUAAAUAAGAUAUGAAUCUGUGAGACAUUUAAUAAAGAAUGGAGUACUUGUUUUGGAGCA